AUCGAAAUAGUAGUUAGUUACAGUUAAAAUCAAUUAUAAAUAUCAAACUGUUUGAUAACUAAAAAAUGAAAUAUAUUAUUUAACGUUCGAUAUCGAUCCAUCGAAGCUCGUUGUGCUUUCGACCUUAUCGCAUUUGCAACACCAUUAUUAAAUGCAUCGAAUUUCGCGGCUGUACGCUCUUGGCCACACCACACCACCACUAUACUACCGCCACCGCCACCAUGAUUAUUCUUUUCUCGCUGCCGUGAAUAUAGCGAAAAACAUUGCUCAAGUUUAGCAGAGAGCAAGCGUACAGCGAAAUAACUAAAACCCCUCCAAGUGAAUGUCACUUUAGCGUUUAAGUAUAGGAACGCUCUUAUGUACGUAUGUAUGUAUGUAUGAUGCGCGUGUGCGUGCGUGCCUAUUUACCAACCUAUCUAUACAUUCAUCCAUCACCUACCUAUAUAAGAUAUAUGUAAUAUACUGCGCGCGCAUGCAUAUAUUUACGUGCGCGCACAAUCUUAGAGACAGUUGUAUGUAUACCGUCGUGUAUACCCCGGUACGACGACGCGAUGAAUUUCUAAGGUUAGAUUUAAAGUCGCAUCUGUAAUCCGUGGUUUUUUACAAAUCGUAAAAAGCAAUUUUGCCUUACUUAAAGUAUUAGCAAAACGUUAGUUGAGAGAUAAGAAAGGUAUCUGGAAAGUGAAGCUGAGAAAAGGCGUUGUGUCUUCCUUAUUUCCAUACGCGCAAAGAGUCUACGUCGCAUGUUUUCUUCUUUCCGUAGCGUUAGAUUUUUGUUCGCGAAACAAUGUUUUUAAAAGACGUUUCUCUACUAAAUUAGUCUUGUCUUUUUUUUUUUCGACAUAUUUUAAUUCAAGUUGUUUUAUAGUGCUCAUAGUGACUUUGUGGCGGUUGUGUUGUGGUGAAGGAGGUUGCAUGAAUUAUCGGGAUGAAGUUGCGUGCCCUGACCUAUGUGAUUUGCCAUGAAACGCGUUCGCGGGCUGGAUGAAAUAGCAUCAUCAGCAGCAACGUUAAAACCUUCAUCGGUGAGCGGAGGAAGUAGUCUAAGCAGUGGUGGAGGAUUAGAGUAUCACUCAAGCAGUGGAAUAGGCCUGAUUGUACCUGGUCAAGCAGUCCGAUCUGUUACUUCUAAAGAAAUGCCAGGAAGUAUUCAAUAUGGUACUGCCCAAGCUCAGCAGCAGUAUACUGGGGCAAUUGUUGUACCAACUGCUACUCCAUCCCCUAUUAAAGGAACUGGAUCUGCAGGAGGACUUAAUUCUACAUGCAGCGGUACUAAUGUAAAUACAAGUGGUGGAUUACAUGGCGGAAUAAGUAGUGGAAGCAAUCACAGUAUGGGCUCUCAGCAACCGACUACAGGAUCGCAAAGUCAAGUUCACACACAACAGCCAACAAUUAGACAUAAGAUACAUUCAAGCAAUGUAGCACCAUUAGCAUCUACUCCUCCAGGUCCUGGAUUAGGUAGCGGCAGUGGAUCUCAACAAUUUCAAAGAUUAAAAGUCGAAGAUGCGUUAUCUUAUUUGGAUCAAGUCAAGUACAAAUUCAGUGAUCAACCACAGGUUUAUAAUGACUUUUUGGAUAUCAUGAAAGAAUUCAAAUCCCAGAGUAUUGAUACUCCAGGUGUUAUUACACGAGUGAGCAAUUUAUUUAAGGGACAUCCUGAACUCAUUGUUGGUUUCAAUACUUUUCUACCACCAGGCUACAAAAUAGAAGUACAAGCAAAUGAAAAAGGGUACGCAUUCCAAGUAUCAGUCAGUAUUCCUAGUCCGACUGCUACUCAUACGACAACGUUAUCGCAACAUCAAUGUACGGUGAAUGUUGGUUCACCACCUGUAGCUAGUCCACCAACACAGCCAGCAAAAGCACCACCACCGGUUUUACAAAUAAUGCAAGGAUCCGGGAGUAUACAUCAUGCCUUGACGAACAAUAUUUCCAACAGCAGUUUAACGGUUCACGCACCCUCGCCACCUCCUAUCCAAUCUUACAACAAUUCUCAUGUUAGUGCUGCACAAGCUCAGGCAGUAAGUCAAGCUCUUAGUCAAGCUCAAGAUGGUAUUCCAACGAGCGGCCAAACGCAACAAAGUCAACCUGUAGAGUUUAACCAUGCUAUUAACUACGUUAAUAAAAUUAAGAAUCGCUUUCAAGGUCAACCUGAUAAAUACAAACGAUUUCUAGAGAUAUUACAUACGUAUCAAAAAGAACAACGUAAUUUGAAAGAAUCAGGUCAUAUAAGCGGUACGAGUACUGGUGGUAGUGCUACUACUAAUGUUAAACAUUUAACAGAAGCUGAGGUUUAUAGUCAAGUUGCUAAAUUGUUUGAAAAUCAAGAAGAUCUACUUGCCGAAUUUGGUCAAUUUUUACCUGAUGCGACUAAUCAGCAAAGUUCGUUGUCUGCAAUGUUUCAGAGUAACAAGGCUGCUCCAGUAAGUGAUCACACAACAAUAAUAAAGAAAUCAUUGAGUCUUAAGGCAACUUACAACAAUUCUGCUAACAUUUCACGAGAUCUUCGAGAAUCAAGUGGCCAAUGUAUAUUGGAGCGUGAUACCAGAGAUCAGAGAGGAGAUCGUGAUCGUGAAAGAGAUAGAUCAGGUGUCCGAGAAAUCAGCACUGGGCAAAAAAUGGGUCACAGUACUGGCCAGCUAAAAAGGAGUCCAUCAUUUUCGACUUCUGUUACGGCAGGUAAUUCUCACAUUCAACAUGGACCACCUCCAUUAAAAAAGCAUAAAGUAGCAUCAAUGCGAGAUGUUACUAUAGCUGAAGCUGGAAAAUAUGGUACAUUGAACGAUUAUGCAUUUUUUGACAAGGUUCGCAAAGCUUUAAAGUCACAAGAAGUUUAUGAAAACUUUCUUCGGUGCCUUGUACUUUUUAAUAAAGAAAUCAUUUCUAAAACAGAAUUGAUACAAUUAAUUACACCAUUUCUUGGCCGUUCUCCGGAGCUUUUACGUUGGUUUAAAGAUUUUUUGGGCCAUUUAUCUGAUUCUUCCAAUACAUCAACAAAUAAUACAGGAAGCGGUCUUGGAGUCGAAGCACUUCCAAAUAAUGUGGCGCGUGGUCACCAAGAACGACCUCAAGGUGAUUUAGCGAUGGAAAUUGAUUAUACUGCGUGCAAGCGAUUAGGAGCUUCAUAUUGUGCUUUGCCUAAGUCUUAUGUUCAACCAAAAUGUACCGGUAGAACGCAAUUAUGUAAAGAAGUUUUAAAUGAUACAUGGGUAUCAUUUCCAACUUGGUCAGAGGAUAGUACGUUUGUUACAUCUAGAAAAACCCAAUAUGAAGAAUUUAUUUAUCGUUGUGAAGAUGAAAGAUUUGAGCUGGAUGGAGUGAUAGAAACCAAUGCAUCGACUAUUAGAGUAUUAGAAGGUGUUCACAAAAAGAUGAAUAGGAUGAGCCAAGAAGAACUUCAGAAAUUUAAACUGGAUGAUUGCCUUGGAGGUUAUUCUCCUACGAUACAUCAACGCGCAUUAAAAAGGAUAUAUGGAGAUAAAGCUGCUGAUAUUAUAGAAGGUCUUAAAAAGAAUCCUGUAAUUGCAUUACCAGUCGUUUUACGACGUUUGAAGAGUAAGGAAGAGGAAUGGCGAGAAGCUCAAAAGGGCUUUAAUAAAAUUUGGAGAGAACAGAAUGAGAAAUACUAUUUAAAAUCUUUAGAUCACCAAGGUAUUAAUUUCAAACAAAACGAUGUGAAAGCUUUAAGAUCUAAAAGUUUAUUUAAUGAAAUUGAGACUUUAUAUGAUGAGAGACACGAGCAAGUAGAUGAAGGUACCAAUGAUAAUCAAGGAAACAGUGGUCCACACUUAGUGUUACCUUAUAAAGACAAAUCUGUCUUAGAUGAUGCAGCUAAUUUAUUGAUACAUCAUGUCAAACGACAAACUGCUAUUCAUAAAGAAGAUAAACAGCGUAUUAAACUCUUACUUAAGCAUUUUAUACCGGACCUCUUUUUUCAUCAACGCCAAGAACUUAGCGACGAUGAGAGAGAUGAAGACGAUGACAAAGAGGAUGUGGGUGUGGCAGCAUGUAGUAAUUCUCAAUCUAUAACCAUGUCAUCGCCACAUGGUGGUCUUCAAGCAAACAGGAGUAAGGCCCCACUUUCCCCAGUCCUGUCUUCCACUUCGGCUAAAGUCGAAUCUGAUAUGAAAAUACCCAUGCAUGCCCUAUCAAAUGAUCCUGAAGAGGCAUACACUCUAUUCAUGGGCAGUAAUAAUUGGUACCUCUUUUUGAGGUUACAUCACAUCCUCUGUGAAAGAUUAACUAAGAUGUUUGAGAGAGCGGUUACCCUUGCAGAAGAAGAAUCUAGAUACAAACAACAACGUAAGGAGAGUACUGCUGUGGCUCUCAGGUUAAAACCAAAAAGUGAAAUAGAAAUUGGAGAAUAUUAUCCUGCAUUUUUGGAUAUGGUGAAAAAUGUUUUGGAUGGAAAUAUGGAGAGUACAGCAUAUGAAGAUACAUUACGUGAAAUGUUUGGUAUACACGCAUAUAUUGCUUUUACUUUGGACAAGGUUGUGACAUAUGCCGUGAGACAAUUGCAGCAUUUAGUGUCCGAUCCUAUAUGCCAACAAUGUAUGGAGUUAUUUCAAAGAGAACAACGUCAACCAAAAGAAAGUAGCGGAGCUGGUGGAUUAUGUGUUACAGCUUAUAUGAGGCUUGGUGCUGAACUUUCGUAUCAGCGUAAAGCAGAAAAAGCAAUGGCUGAUGAAAAUUGUUUCAAAAUCUAUAUAUAUAAAAAGGAUUGUAAAAUGACAAUGGAACUAUUGGAUACAGAAGGUGAUGAGGCAAUGGACAGUGGUUGUAGAGAGAAAGAAAGAGAAGGAGUUAUGGUAUCUGAAAAAUGGUCAACUUAUGUGGAAAGGUUCUCUGCUCCGCCUGGUCAAACUAGCCCGAAAGAUACUUCUGCUGUGGUAGACAAUGAGCCAACGACCAAUCAUCCUGUGAGUAGUGACCAGGCAGCAAGGGGGGUUCGGGGCAGAAAGCGCAAGAACACUGACAUUAGCAAGAAGAUGGAUGGACACGGUUGGAGUUCUUUAAACAGGAUUUUGGUAGGAAGAAAACCAGUGUUUUUAUGUCGUAAUGUCAGACAGUGGCGUAAGAAAGCUGCACAAUUGAUGAGAGCAUCUGUGCCUACUGCUAAUCAUUCAGAUAAAGUGACUACUGAAACAUCCAGCAAAGAUAAAACACUUGACAAUGUCAGUGCAGCACUUUUGAAAAGGCCAUCGGGCUUGAGAUUGACAGCAGAUACUGGUGGUGAUACAUCAGAAAUGAUCUCUGCUGACGAAACGCAAUGUCGUUUCAAUCCAAAUAAUUAUCAGAUGCUUUAUGUUGCUAGUAAAGAAGCUUUUCUUUAUAAGCAAAGUUCAUUUAGUCGAGCUAGGGAGUGUCAUCCAGCAGUGACAAAACACUUGAAUUCGAAAUUUCAUCAAUGGCUGUCAUCAUGGGCAUCUAAAAAUGUCGCAGAUGUUCAACAUCGGCUGUGUCAAGAUUGGUUAAUGGGACGAUACGAAAAUUUGAUUCCUCAUAGAACGCGUGUUCUUACAGAUAAUGAUCAAACGCGAUCACCAUAUAGACAAUAUAAUCGAUAUCGCGUUGAACGCUUGCAAUCGGAUGUUCUUACAGAACAACCAUGCAUAUAACUUUCAUAUAUUUUCUCUUAUUUGUGUUUAUUCUUUUCUUUGACGAUUCAUUUUUAACACGACUAAAAUAAGCAACAUUUACACUCCUAUUUAUGUACAUAUAUAUAUUAGUAAUUACUUGAUUUAGAAUGUAGAAUUACUUUUAGAUCACCACCAAAUGAUUAUGAAUCGAUACGUUGACAAAAAUAUUAUUAUGUAUUAUAUAUGGAUCUCGAAAUAUUUUUGGCCAUAACAAAGGAUGUAUUUAACCAACCAAUUAUUAUUGAUUUUUUUCAUGUAUUAUAUAUAUUAUCAUUUAUAUUAAGUUUAACAUUUGACAAGUAUAAUAUUAUCCUUCUUCAUUUUUUACAUACAUUAUCUAAUGAAAAAUAUCACUGGUGUUGUUGUCAUCAUCGCGUCUGCAUUAUAUUAUUAUAUCAAUCAAUACAAUAUUAUAAUAUUAUUUUAUUAUUAACGAAAGUAGCUUUGAAUAACAAAAUAAUCCUCAGUGUACAUUCUCUUUCUCUCUGUAUAUCUUCUAUAUCUGCAAACUUGGUAUAUUAUUAUAAUGUUAUAAUUAAAUCACAAGUAAUAGGACGAGUAAACAGAAUUCUUCAAAAUAAUUUAAUAAGACUUGUGUAAAACAUUCUAAUGAUUUCAAUUUUUGGACACGUCUUGACUUAUUUACAAAACAAAUCUUAUUCUGACUUGAUAGCAUUUUACUUUUAUAAAUGUUUUUACUAUUUUGGCAUUUUAUGAAAAUACCACAGUUAAAUGAACUUUAAUAGAUUAAAUUGAAGAAUAAUUUUCUAUUCAUUUUAUAUACACGUUGUGA